CUCACAGGUUUUGCCGCACAGGCGAACACACUAACUUAUUACCAUCUGUUUCAAACGUGGUUCCUCAGACUAUAUAGUCUGAAAGAAAGAAAGGAAGAAACAUCAGCUUAUUAAAAAAAUCAAGAACAGAGAGAUUCAUUCAUCGGAUCCUAAAGAUGGAUUACGAUCCAGCUCAAGCUAUGAGCAGAGGAGGGAGUAUGCGGAGAAGCAUAAGCCGUAGUGUGAGCAAAGCCAGCAGAAACCUCGAGGACAUAUUCUCACCAAGCUCUAGACGAACCAAGUCCGUCAACGAAGACGAAGAAGCUCUCAAAUGGGCUGCCAUCGAGAAACUCCCUACCUACAGCCGUCUCCGUACCAGUCUCAUGCCCGCCCUUGGGGAAGACGACGUCUACGGUAACCAAAUCCUCAACAAGGAGGUCGACGUCACCAAGCUCGACGGCGAUGAUCGCCAGAAGUUCAUCGACAUGGUCUUCAAGGUCGCAGAGCAGGACAACGAACGGAUCUUGACCAAGCUCAGGAACAGGAUCAACAGAGUCGGGAUCCAACUUCCGACUGUGGAAGUCAGGUACGACCACUUGACCGUGAAAGCCGACUGUUACACCGGCGACAGAUCUCUUCCUUCGCUUAUAAACUCGGUGAGGAACAUGGGAGAAUCUAUUCUAGGCAUGAUCGGAAUACAGCUCGCCAAGAAAGCGCAGCUUACUAUUCUCAAAGAUGUCUCUGGGAUCGUGAAACCUUCGAGGAUGACGCUCUUGUUGGGUCCUCCCUCUUCAGGGAAGACAACGCUUUUGUUGGCUCUUGCCGGCAAACUCGACAAGUCUCUUGACAUCUCUGGAGAAGUAACUUACAAUGGUUACCGUCUCAACGAGUUUGUUCCCAUCAAGACCUCUGCUUACAUUAGCCAAAACGAUCUUCAUGUUGGUAUCAUGACCGUAAAGGAGACUCUUGAUUUCUCUGCUCGGUGUCAGGGCAUUGGUACCCGUUAUGAUCUUCUAAAUGAGCUGGCAAGGAGAGAAAAAGACGCUGGGAUUUUUCCAGAAGCAGAUGUUGAUUUGUUCAUGAAGGCCUCUGCUGCUCAAGGCGUCAAGAGUAGUCUCAUCACUGACUACACUCUCAAAAUUCUAGGGCUUGACAUUUGCAAGGACACAAUAGUUGGAGAUGAUAUGAUGAGAGGAAUUUCAGGAGGUCAGAAGAAGCGUGUGACAACCGGCGAGAUGAUCGUCGGGCCAACGAAGACUUUGUUCAUGGAUGAGAUAUCCACCGGACUUGACAGCUCCACGACUUUCCAAAUCGUGAAAUGUCUGCAACAGAUCGUUCACCUCACAGAAGCCACCGUUCUCAUAUCUCUUCUUCAGCCUGCUCCUGAGACGUUUGAUCUAUUCGACGAUAUAAUCCUAUUGUCGGAGGGACAGAUUGUGUACCAGGGACCUAGAGACCACAUUCUCGAGUUCUUUGAGAGCUUUGGUUUCAAGUGCCCUGAAAGAAAAGGAACAGCUGAUUUCUUGCAAGAGGUUACCUCUAAGAAAGAUCAAGAGCAGUAUUGGGUGGAUGAAAACAGACCUUACAGAUACAUUCCAGUGCCAGAAUUCGCCAGCAAAUUCAAGACAUUCCAUGUUGGAAACCAGCUUUCCAACGAGCUAUCGGUGACGUUCGAAAAAUCCAAAGGACACAAAGCAGCUCUAGUCUUUGAAAAGUACACAACGAAGAAAACAGAGCUUCUCAAAAGCUGCUGGGACAAAGAGUGGAUGCUCAUGAAGCGAAACUCCUUCUUCUACGUCUUCAAGACAGUCCAGAUCAUCAUCCUCGCGGCAAUCACCUCUACAGUUUUCCUCAGGACAGAAAUGAACACAAGGAACGAGAGCGACGCGAACAUGUACGUGGGCGCACUGCUGUUCGGAAUGAUCGUCAACAUGUUUAACGGUCUUGCCGAGAUGGCGAUGACGAUCCAGAGACUUCCCGUGUUCUACAAGCAAAGGGAUCUUCUGUUUCACCCACCUUGGACUUACACGCUUCCCACGUUCUUGCUAGGGAUCCCAAUCUCCAUCUUUGAGACUACGGCUUGGGUAGGAGUGACGUACUACUCCAUAGGAUUCGCGCCCGAUGCAGAACGGUUCUUCAAACAGUUCUUAAUCGUGUUUCUGAUCCAACAAAUGGCUGCUGGGAUAUUCAGGCUCAUUGCAUCUAUCUGUAGAACCAUGACCAUAGCUAACACAGGUGGUAUGCUCGUCCUACUAGUCGUCUUCUUGACUGGAGGUUUCCUUCUUCCUCGAAGUGAGAUCCCUGUUUGGUGGAGGUGGGCUUUUUGGGCAUCCCCUCUUUCAUACGCUUUCAGUGCCAUCAGCGUCAACGAAAUGUUUGCUCCUAGAUGGAUGAAUAAAAUGUCUUCUGACCGCACUACGAGGUUAGGAACAACAGUGCUUAAGAUGUGGGAUGUGUUUCAUGAUGAGAACUGGUACUGGAUUGGAAUUGGAGGCUUGCUUGGUUUUACUAUCAUCUUCAACUGUCUUUUUACACUAGCACUUACUUAUCUAGACCCCCUUGGGAAGCCACAAGCUCUAAUCCCAAAAGAAGAAGACGAAGAGGCUGAACAAAAAAAGAAACAUGUUUCUACUGCUAAUGGAUCCAGGGAUAUUCCAAUGGCGAAUAUGAGCACCAAGAAAGGAAUGGUUCUUCCUUUCACUCCCCUAGCUCUAUCCUUUGACGACGUUAAAUACUAUGUUGACAUGCCUGCGGAAAUGAGGGACCAAGGAGUUCAAGAAACCAGGCUACAACUACUAAAAGGAGUGACAAGCACGUUCAGGCCAGGAGUGUUGACGGCGUUGAUGGGAGUGAGCGGCGCCGGAAAGACAACUUUGAUGGACGUUUUGGCCGGAAGAAAAACAGGAGGAUACAUAGAAGGAGACAUAAGAGUGUCUGGAUUCCCAAAGAAACAAGAGACAUUCGCUAGAAUCUCUGGUUACUGUGAACAAACAGACAUCCAUUCUCCACAAGUUACCGUAAGGGAAUCACUUAUUUUCUCUGCUUUCCUUCGCCUUGCUAAGGAAGUAAGCAAAGAGGAGAAGAUGAUGUUUGUGGAUCAAGUGAUGGAACUAGUGGAGUUGGUCAACUUGAGUGACGCAAUCGUGGGUUUACCGGGAGUCACGGGUCUUUCCACGGAACAGAGAAAGAGACUAACCAUCGCUGUGGAGCUUGUAGCUAACCCUUCAAUCAUCUUCAUGGACGAGCCAACUUCAGGGUUGGAUGCUAGAGCAGCGGCCAUUGUGAUGAGGGCUGUGAGAAACACAGUGGACACAGGGAGAACUGUGGUGUGCACCAUCCACCAACCGAGCAUUGAUAUCUUCGAGGCCUUUGACGAAUUACUACUAAUGAAGAGAGGAGGACAAGUGAUAUACUCUGGUCCCUUAGGCCGAAACUCUCACAAGAUUGUUGAGUACUUUGAAGCCAUUCCCGGAGUGCCCAAGAUUCCGGAAAAGUACAACCCGGCCACUUGGAUGCUGGAAGCUAGCUCCUUAGCCGCCGAGUUGAAGCUUAAUGUUGACUUUGCUGAGCUAUACAAGUCUUCUUCCUUAUGCCAGCGAAACAAGGCGCUGGUACAAGAACUGAGCGUGCCUCCGCAAGGAGCAUCUGAUCUCUACUUUGCGACGCAGUUUUCACAGAACACGUGGGGACAAUACAAAUCAUGUCUGUGGAAGCAGUGGUGGACUUACUGGAGAUCUCCUGACUAUAACGUUGUCCGGUUCAUCUUCACCUUGGCAACAGCUCUUAUGAUCGGUUCUAUCUUCUGGCAAAUCGGAGGUAAGAGAUCAAACGUACAAGACCUGACGAUGGUGCUCGGAGCAAUCUACGCAGCGGUUAUAUUCGUGGGAGUAAACAACUGCUCGACGGUACAACCAAUGGUGGCAGUGGAAAGGACGGUGUUCUACAGGGAGAAAGCAGCUGGGAUGUACUCAGCUAUACCUUACGCUAUCUCACAGGUGACUUGUGAGAUACCUUACGUCUUGAUUCAGACCACAUACUAUUCGCUUAUCGUCUACGCUAUGAUCGGGUUCGAGUGGAAAGCUUCCAAGUUCUUGUGGUUCCUCUUCAUCAACUACUUCUCCUUCCUCUACUGGACCUACUACGGCAUGAUGACCGUCUCCCUCACGCCUAACCAGCAAGUUGCUUCCAUCUUUGCAUCAGCCUUCUAUGGUAUCUUCAACCUCUUCUCUGGCUUCUUCAUCCCUAGACCUAAAAUCCCCAAGUGGUGGAUCUGGUACUAUUGGAUCUGCCCAGUCGCUUGGACCAUAUACGGCUUGAUCACUUCUCAGUACGGUGACGUGGACACUCCCAUUGCUCUCCUUGGUGGUCCUCCUGGCCUCACUGUUAAACAAUACUUAAAAGACCAAUAUGGUUUUGAAUCAAGCUUCAUGGGACCUGUUGCUGCAGUCCUCGUUGCCUUCCCUGUCUUCUUUGCCUUCAUCUUCGCCUUUUGCAUCAGGACUCUCAACUUCCAGACUAGAUAAAACCUCUCCUCUCUGUUUUUUUUUUUUUGUCUUGUGGAAAACAUUUGUUGCAGUAUAAUAACUCUUUCUUCCUUCUUUUGUCAUUGCUUAAAUGUCAUAUAUGUAUUGAAACAUGCAGUAAUAAGUAUGUAUAUGUACACACGAUUCAUUAGAAAACCGGGUUUCUAGGAUGAGAAAAGCCAACCAUACUUAAGAUUCAACAAAAUUAGAAACUCGAUGCAAAAUAUAAGGGAG